AUGGGGGCCGUUCUUGGGCAAAAACAUGAAAAGAUCUUUCAUCCUAUUUACUAUGCAAUCAAGACUCUCAAUGGGGCCCAAUUGAUCUAUACGGUCAUAGAGCAAGAGUUGCUUGCCAUUGUCUUUGCUUUUGAGAAAUUUCGUGCUUACUUGUUAGGAACCCAUGUGGUUGUUCACAACGAUCAUGCGGCUUUACGUUACCUCAUGAAAAAUAAAGAUGCAAAACCGAGGUUGAUACGUUGGGUCCUUAUCUUACAAGAAUUUGACAUUGAAGUCAAGGAUAGAAAGGGGUGUGAAAAUCAAGUGGCGGACCAUUUGUCUCAUAUUGAAGAGGGUGGGAGUCUAUCAGAUGGCCUUGAAAUCAAUGAAUCGUUCCCGGAUGAGCAAAUGAUAGUGGGGUCAUAUGAUAUGAUUACAGGGUAUGCCGACUUUGCAUAUUAUCAUGCUAGUGACAUCAUGUCGGAGGAUUUGAAUUUCCACAAAACAAAAAAGUUGUUGAGUGACGUCUGGAAAUUCUAUUGGGAUGAGCCACAUCUAUUCUGGGUUUGUGCCGCCAACAGCAUAAGGAGGUGCAUGCCUGAAGUAGAAAUGAUACCCAUCAUUGAGGUUUGUCACUCAUCACCUGUGGGGGAUCAUCAUAGUAGUUCAAGGACGGAGGAAAAAGUUCUCCAAGUUUUUAGGAUGCAACAUUGCAAGGAAAUGGUGAAAUGCCCAAGAUGUAAGGAGAGUGAAAUAAAAGUGAAAAUUCAACAGUUGGCUGAAGUGGAGGCCAAUAUACGGCACUGCACCAUGAGUUUGCGGUCACAAAAUUUAGCCCAAGAAUUGGGUAUUGCCUAG